AUGCCUGGCCCGUGCUUCAGACAAGGCAGCUUCUUUCUGUUGGUGCGGUGGUUUCAUGGUGGUCGUGCAACACCGCCCAGCAAGAGGGACAUUCACUUGCUCUUCUUUCUUUCUUCCUUCGGCCCUGCUCCCCCACCGCCGCCGUUGAUCGCUUUUCAUACCGAUCGCAGUCCUCCUUCCCCUGCUUUUCCUAAUACAGCCAGGACCUAG